GCUAUCUUAAAUUCCAAGAUCAGGGCGGUUCUAGUGCACUUGACUCUCCCUUUUUUACGUUCUCUUCUCCUCCAUUCGCGGCUCAAAGCUUUUAAAUCAGAGCUUCUAUUCCAGUUCGUUGUGUUCUACCGAGGUUUUUUAUUACGGGGUUAUCGGUCUGGGUUGUUUACAUUGGAACUGCAGCUGAUUAGAGGCAAUUCGAAAUAGGGGAUAAAGCUAUACUGUUCAGUCGAAAGUGAAAUCCAUUCAGAGAGGAUGCUGGACGUGGUGGCUCUACUUUUGGUCGCCCUGGCAGUGGGCUUUUGGUUUGUCCGCACGCGAUUCAGUUACUGGACCCGUCGGGGAAUUGGAAAUGUCCCGGGUCGAUUCCCCGUGGGCAAUAUGGAUGGUUUUAGGAAGACAAAGCACUUCAUCGAAAUCGUAACACCUAUAUACGAAAAGUUCAAGAACAAUGGAGCUCCCUUUGCUGGAUUUUUCAUGAUGCUACGACCUGUGGUGUUGGUCACGGACUUGGAACUGGCUAAGCAGAUUCUCAUCCGUGACUUUGCCAACUUCGAGGAUCGUGGCAUGUACCAUAACGAGCGUGAUGAUCCCUUAACCGGACACCUCUUCCGCAUCGAUGGACCCAAGUGGCGACCCUUGCGCCAGAAGAUGUCCCCCACUUUCAGUUCCGCCAAGAUGAAGUACAUGUUUCCCACGGUUUGCGAGGUGGGCAUGGAAUUGGCACAGGUGUGCGGAGAAUUGGCAGAUAAUGCCAUGUGCAACAUCCUGGAAAUUAGUGAUCUAAUGGCGCGAUAUACCUCCGAUGUGAUAGGACGAUGUGCCUUUGGUGUGCAGUGCAAUGGGUUGCGAAAUCCCGAGGCGGAGUUUGCUAAAAUGGGAAGGAGAGCUUUUUUAGAGCGACGUCAUUGCAAACUGAUCGAUGGAUUCAUUGAGAGCUUUCCUGACCUCGCUCGUCUGUUGCGCAUGCGCCAAAUCCACCAGGACAUCACCGAUUUCUAUGUGGGCAUUGUCCGGGAAACUGUGAGGCAACGGGAGGAGCAGGGCAUCGUAAGGAACGACUUUAUGAACCUGCUGAUCGAAAUGAAGCAGCGGGGUGAGCUCACCAUCGAGGAAAUGGCCGCCCAGGCUUUCAUAUUCUUUGUGGCGGGUUUCGAUACCUCCGCCUCGACUUUGGGAUUUGCCCUAUACGAGUUGGCGAAACAACCAGACAUUCAGGUGAAGUUACGCCAGGAAAUCGAAGAGGCCUUGCAAUUACAUCAGGGAGAAUUCACCUACGAUUCCAUGCAGGAGCUGCGCUACAUGGAACUGGUCAUUGCAGAAACCCUUCGGAAAUAUCCCAUACUACCACAGCUCACUCGGAUCUCCAGGCACUUAUAUGCCGCUAAGGGCGAUCGUCACUUUUAUAUCGAACCCGACCAGAUGGUACUGAUCCCGGUUUAUGGGAUCCAUCAUGAUCCUGCCAUUUAUCCAGAGCCCCACAAGUUUAUUCCCGAGCGGUUUUUGGCCGAUGAACUUGCCCAGCGACCCACCGCCGCGUGGUUGCCCUUUGGAGAUGGACCGCGGAAUUGCAUAGGAAUGAGAUUUGGCAAAAUGCAGACGACCAUCGGUCUGGUCAGCCUGCUCAGAAACUUUCACUUCAGCGUCUGUCCGAGAACUGACCCGAAAAUCGAGUUUGUGAAGUCGAAUAUUCUGCUGUGCUCCGCAAAUGGUAUCUACCUAAAAGUCCAAGAUGUAAGCCAAGACUGGCCAAAGAAGCAACACAUUGCCAAGAUAUUCCAGGACUACUACUUAAGAUACAAGGGUUCGGACUAUCCCUUCGCUGGAUUCUACUUUUUCUUCACCCGAACCGCUGUAAUCACCGACUUGGAGUUGGUCAAAAGAGUCAUGAUCAAGGACUUUAAUCACUUCGAGAACAGAGGUGUCUUUUACAACGAGAUCGAUGAUCCCCUUUCGGCUACUCUGUUCUCAAUUGAAGGUCAGAAGUGGCGACACUUGAGGCACAAACUUACGCCCACUUUUACAUCCGGAAAAAUGAAGCAUAUGUUCCCCAUAGUCGUUAAAGUUGGAGAGGAAAUGGAGAAGGUGUUCAGCGGUAAAAUAGCUUUGGGGGAAGGUAGUGUUUUGGAGGUUGUGGAUCUGGUGGCACGCUACACCGCUGAUGUAAUCGGAAAUUGCGCCUUUGGUCUUAAUUGCAAUAGUUUAUAUAAUCCGCAAGCUGAUUUUGUAACAAUGGGCAAACGGGCGAUCGUGGAGCAUCGCUAUGGCAAUAUGCUGGAUAUAUUUCUUUUCGGAUUCCCCAAAUUAUCACGUCGCCUGCGUUUAAAACUGAACAUCCAGGAAGCAGAGGACUUCUACACCAGAAUCGUUAGGGAAACCAUUGACUACCGACUGAAGUCCAAGGAGAAGCGAAAUGACUUUAUGGACAGUCUGAUAGAAAUGUAUAAGAAUGAGCAGGCUGGAAACUCGGAGGAUGAAACACUUCGCAAGUACCCCGUUUUGGCGCAUCUUACGAGAAUGACUGAGUCGGACUUUUCGCCGGAGGAUCCAAAGUACUUCAUUGCCAAGGGCACAAUUGUUGUGAUUCCAGCUCUGGGUAUUCACUACGAUCCGGAAAUCUAUCCCGAACCGGAGAAGUUCAAGCCGGAACGUUUUACUGAAGAGGAAAUCGCCGCCAGACCUUCUUGCACUUGGCUUCCAUUCGGAGAAGGUCCCCGAAAUUGCAUUGGACUUCGAUUUGGUCUAAUGCAAACCUGCGUGGGAUUGGCUUAUCUUAUCAAGGGAUAUAAGUUUAGUGUCGCCCCGGAGACACAAAUCCCCAUGAAGAUUGUCGUCGGCAACAUUCUAAUCUCCGCCGAGAAUGGAAUCCAUCUCAAAGUGGAGAAGUUUGGAGCGGAACUCGGUCGCAGAAUGUCGCUGCUUUUGUCGCUGAUCGCGCUUUUGGUGUCGCUGAUUUUAUUCGUGGCCCGACGACGUCAUGGAUAUUGGCAGAGGAGGGGGAUUCCCCACGAUGUGCCACACCCACUCUUCGGAAACAUGGGAGACUGGCCCAAGAAGCGGCACAUAGCGCAAAUAUUCAGGGACUAUUACAUGAAAUACAAGGGAUCGAACUUCCCAUUCGCCGGACUUUACUUCUUCUUCACCCGAAGCGCUGUGAUCACCGAUUUGGAGUUGGUCAAGAGGGUGCUGAUCAAGGACUUCAAUCACUUUGAGAACAGGGGUAUCUUCUGGAACGAGGUCGAUGACCCACUCUCCGCCACUUUGUUCUCCAUCGAAGGUCAGAAGUGGCGUCAUCUGAGGCACAAGUUGACACCCACUUUCACGUCCGGAAAAAUGAAGAACAUGUUUCCUCUUGUUGUGAAGGUCGGGAAGGAAUUGGAAGGUGUUUUCAGUGCUAAGACCACCGUGGGUCAGGGAAAGGUUCUUGAAGUCGUGGAUUUGGUGGCACGCUACACCGCUGAUGUAAUCGGAAACUGUGCCUUUGGCCUCAAUUGCAACAGCUUGCACAAUCCUCAAGCCGAUUUCGUGACCAUUGGCAGACGGGCGAUCAUCGAACGUCGCUAUGGAGGAUGGCUGGAUUUCCUCAUUUUCGGUUUCCCCAAACUAUCCCGCCGUUUGCACCUUAAGUUGAACGUCCAAGAUGUGGAGGACUUUUAUACUCGGAUUGUAAGAGAAACCAUUGACUACCGAUUGAGGACCAAGGAGAAGCGAAACGAUUUUAUGGACAGUCUGAUUGAUAUGUACCAAAAGGAACAAUCCGGAAACACUGAGGACGGCAUGUCCUUCAACGAGAUUUUGGCCCAGGCAUUUAUUUUCUUUGUGGCUGGAUUUGAAACGAGUUCUACGACCAUGGGAUUCGCACUUUAUGAACUGGCCCAGAACCAGGAGGUCCAGGAUAAAGUCCGCGAAGAGAUAGCCAGUGUUUUGGCCAAGCACAAUAAUGAAUUCACCUACGAAGGUAUCAAGGAGAUGAAAUAUCUGGAGCAGGUCGUCAUGGAAACCCUUCGCAAAUAUCCAGUUCUUGCGCAUCUAACGAGAAUAACUGACUCGGACUUUUCACCCGAAGAUCCAAAGUACUUCAUUGCCAAGGGCACUGUAGUUGUGAUUCCCGCUCUGGGUAUUCACUACGACCCAGAUAUCUAUCCAGAUCCGGAGCAGUUCAAUCCGGAGCGAUUCACAGAGGAAGCAAUCGCAGCUAGACCUUCUUGCACCUGGCUUCCAUUCGGAGAAGGUCCCCGAAAUUGCAUUGGUCUUCGAUUCGGACUCAUGCAAACCUGCAUAGGAUUGGCUUAUCUCAUCAAGGGAUAUAAGUUUAGUGUCGCCCCGGAGACACAAAUUCCCAUGAAGAUUGUCGUUAAAAGCAUACUUCUUUCUGCAGAGAAUGGAAUACAUCUUAAAGUCGAGAAGCUUGCCAAGUGAUUCUGUUGAGUCGCUGUUUACAAUUAUGUUAAAGUAGUAUGUAAUAUGUAAUGAUAUAAAAUUUUGGUGUCAGUGUAGAAAUAUAUCACCCGAAAUUAGCAGUGAAAA